UCAUAAAUUUUUCAGUCUUUCUAUCCGUCCAAACACGAACUCUUUCUAGGGUUUUAGAUUUGCUCGAAGCCAGGCACUUUCUCAGCUUCUUCAGGAAUGUUCAUCUCCGUUUCAUCCCAUUUCUCACUGCAAUUAUGCUAAUCUCCUUCUUCUUCCACGUCCUGGAUGUUUUUUCUGUAGGGUUUAGGAUAUGAUUUCGUCUCGGCUCGUGUAAUAUCGGUGAUGAACAAGGAUUUUGAAUUCGAGGAGAAACCGGAUGGUCUCGAGGAGUCACCAGCGGAGGUCAGAGUUCUCGAGCAGGUCGCUGACAGUUCGAAUCACGACGACAAGGCUUCUGAUUCGGGAGUUGUUAACGAAGCUAGGGUUUCUUUGAUGGAGCUAGAUCCCGGAGCUGCGGGGAGUGAGUUUGAUGGGAAGGUGUUGGGGAAUGGUAGAUCUGCGGAGUUUAGGGGUUUCCCGUCCGAGGAGGUGAGGUUUUUGGUCAGUUCGGAUAGCGAAGGGGGAGGCGCAGGUAUGGAUAUGAAGUUCUCGAACUCCCUUGUUGAUGUUAAAAUUUCUGAAGCUGAUAGAUUUGAUGGUUCGGUUGGUCAUUUGGAUGCAAUGAACGAUCAAAAGGUUGAUUCGUCUCAGUACAAGUCUUUAAUGUCUGAGUUUGAUGAUUAUGUUGCGAAUGAGAGUAGUGGUGCAAUGGUUGCUGCGGCAACUACGAGGGCGAUGAGCUAUGGGUUUGAGGCGGGGGAUCUGGUGUGGGGAAAGGUCAAGUCUCAUCCAUGGUGGCCUGGGCACAUUUUUAACGAAGCUUUGGUUUCUCCUUCUGUGCGACGCACCAGGAGGGAGGGAUAUGUUUUGGUUGCAUUUUUUGGUGAUAGCAGUUAUGGAUGGUUUGACCCAGCUGAGCUAAUACCAUUCGAGCCUAAUUAUUAUGAGAAAUCUAGGCAGACAACUUCUAGGACCUUUCUAAAGGCUGUGGAAGAGGCAGUUGAUGAGGCGAGUCGGAGACGAGGUCUAGGUCUGGCCUGCAAAUGUAGGAAUCGUUACAAUUUUAGGCAGACAAAUGUUGAGGGAUACUUUGCCGUUGAUGUUCCAGAUUUUGAGGCAGGAGGUGUUUACUCUUGGAAUCAGAUCAAGAGGUCGAGAGAUAGUUUUAAACCCGGCGAAACUCUAUCAUUUAUCAAGCAACUGGCAUUGACUCCACGAGGUGGUGAUCAUAGAAGCAUUAACUUUUUGCACAACAAGGCUACAGUCUUUUGUUAUCGAAGGGCGGUCUAUGAAGAGUUUGAUGAGACGUAUGCUCAGGCAUUUGGUGUGUCAUCUGGGCCUGGACGUCCCCCUCGCAGUUCUGUAGCUUCAUUGGAUCAGCAUAGACGAACAGCUCGAGCUCCUUUGAGUGGGCCUCUAGUGAUUGCAGAAGCCUUGGGUGGUGGGAAGAGUGCAAUAAAGCCUAUGAAGUUAAAGGACCAAUCUAAGAAAGACAGGUAUCUUCUCAAACGCCGAGAUGAACCACCAAGUAACUUCAAGGACUUUGGGGCUAAUCAGGAGCCGCCAACUUCUACCCUUCCCUUAUCUCUUGUUGCAGAAUCCGCUGACACUGUGGGUGCUGGAGAUUACGUUCUCUUGAAGAGGACUCCAACUACCCCUGUCAAGCCUCAUGGACUGACAAAAAGUGAACACGCUGGGUUUGUAGGUACCGAUAUUGACACUUUUAAUUUGAGUUUACCUAGCAAUGAAACUGAGGCCAAACAGAUGGCUGUGGGCACCAAUGUUGUUAGCCAAGGACAUUCUAUGAUCGUUGAGGCAUCUUCUGAUAAGGAAGUUAUUCGUCUUGAGGAACCGAAAGAGACAACGGUACCUAGCGAAGUUCUCAAUUCUAGGAGCGAUGCCUCCUCGGAUAUGGCAAAUGAGAGGGACUUUCCUAGAUUGUUGGUGGGUGGUGAUCCUCUUUGUGACCAAGCUGAUGUUUCAGGUGAAGUUAGAUAUGCAGGGAUGGAAAAUAUAUCGAUAUCGACAUCUUCUGAAGUUCCUCGACAACCUGAGCUUAGUAAUUCAUUGAACCUUGAAGGCGACCGUGCAUUGGAUAAGAAUUUAGACAGCCGUGUUGACCUUGAACCUUCAACAGCUGGUGCAAAGUUUUCUGAUGGAGGUGGUUCAGUUGGAGGAGUUGUGAAACCGAAAGUUCUAAAACGGCCAGCAGACGACAUGAGCUCCUCUGCCACUCUGUUCAUGGGGGAGAAAAGGAAAAAGAAGAAGAAGCUAGCCAUUGGUGCAGAAAUGGGUUCUCAGUUGGCCUCAAAGAAGGUUGGGAGCUUCGUUGGAAAAGUUGCAGAAAAAUCAGAUCAGGUUGGCGUAGCGUUUGGGCGAGGGACCGAUGAAUAUGACGUGCCCCAACUGUUGAAUGAUUUACAAGCCUUUGCUCUUGAUCCUUUCUAUGGGGUUGAAAGGAACUGCUAUGUGAUUGUUCAGAAGUUCUUCCUGCGAUUUCGGUCAGUUGUUUAUCAGAAAAGUUUGGUUUCGUCACCACCAUCCGAGGCUGAAUCCACCGAACUUCGCGCAGCUAAAUCUCCAAAUGCUACCCUUGGAAUCGAUAGUUUGAGCAAAAAUGUUAGAGAAUCGUCGUCCUCAAACUCGGUUAAACUCUUACGCAGACAUGACGAUCCCACAAAAGCUGGGCGGAAACGGGUCCCAUCGGAUCGACUAGAGGAAAUUGCAUCAAAGAAAUCAAAGAAAAUGGGUGAUUUGAAAUCGUUGGCAUCAGAGAGAAAAGCUACCCAGAAACGUGAAUCUGUAGUAUUGAAGACAGUCAAGCGAGAUUCUGUGAAGAAGUUGGAGCCUUCGUCAGUGAGAAAAGUUGAUCCAACCAUGCUUGUUAUGAAGUUUCCUCCCGAAACAUCACUUCCAUCUGCUAACGAGCUAAAGGCGAGGCUUGGUCGGUUCGGGCCUAUUGACCAGUCGGGGCUCCGUAUCUUCUGGAAAACAUCAACAUGCCGCGUCGUUUUCCUUUACAAACCAGACGCUCAAGCAGCAUACAAGUAUGCAAUGGGAAACAAAUCCUUAUUUGGGAAUGUCAACGUGAAGUACCAACUUAGAGAGGUUGGGGCUCCUGCAACUGAAGCACCCGAAUCCGAGAAGGGCAGUGCAGCAGAUGACAAUCCUACCGAAGCCCUUAGGAUGAAGGAUCCAUCGGUCUUACCAGUACGAGCACCGACUCCAGUAAUACAUCAACCAUCCCUUCCACAGCUCCCAGCAGUCCAGCUGAAAUCAUGCCUAAAGAAGUCGUCAGGUGAUGAAUCUGGUGUAUCACCGAGUGUCGGCCCGGGAGGCAGCAGCAGCAGCAGCAGCAAAGGAACGACGCGAGUGAAAUUCAUGUUGGGCGGGGAUGAAAGUAAUAGAAACAACAACAUCAAUGAUAAUUUUGCAGAUGGUGGAACAUCUUCUGUUGCAAUGGAUGAUAUUAAUAGUAACUUCUUUCAAAAGGUCGUUUCUACACCUCCACUCCUAAUUCCUCCCCAAUUCACAAAUCCCCCUACCACUACAAACAUUAUGCACUCGGAAUUGCCACAACCUAGAAAUACACUCAGCCACCACCACCACCACCACCACCGCACACCCACCAUGACACCACCGCCGCCCACUGACAUUUCCCAGCAGCUGCUGAGCCUUUUAAAAAGGUGCAGCGAUGUGGUCACCAACGUGAGUGGCUUGUUAGGCUACACGCCAUACCACCCUCUAUGAUGAGAAAAGAAAAAAAAAAAGAAAAAAGAGAGAUCUGCACAACGUUUGUCAAAAAUUCACACAACCCCAUGGCUAAUACUCUUCUAUACCAAAA